AUGACCGGUAAUUUCACUUGUGAAGUGCUCGUCCGCGGUGAAUAUCGUGAUUUAUAUGAUCAAGCCGGUAUAAUGGUUCGAUUAGAUGAAGAAAAUUGGCUUAAAUGUGGUAUCGAAUUUGUCGAUUCGAAACAAUAUGCAAGUGUUGUUGUAACGAGAGACGGUUUUUCCGAUUGGUCAAUUAUCCCAAUGAAGGAUAAUUUAACUGCAUUGUGGUUGCGUGUUAAACGGUCAAAAGAAGCACUUCACAUUGAAUAUGAUG